AUGAGGCGCCGGGCGCGGAGAGCGGCGGCGGGCGGCGGCGCCGGCCCUUCCCCUGCGAGCCGCCGCCGUAGGAUGAAGCAGCAUGAGGAUGUGUGACAGAGGCGUCCAGAUGCUCAUCACCACGGUGGGAGCCUUCGCAGCCUUCAGCCUGAUGACCAUCGCCGUGGGCACCGACUACUGGCUCUACUCGCGCGGCGUGUGCAGGACUAAGUCCGGCGGCGACAACGACACGAGCCGCAAGAACGAGGAGGUGAUGACCCACUCGGGGCUCUGGAGGACGUGCUGCCUGGAAGGAACCUUCCGAGGAGUCUGCAAGAAGAUCGACCACUUUCCUGAGGAUGCGGACUACGAGCAGGACACAGCUGAGUACCUCCUCCGUGCUGUCAGAGCCUCCAGCAUCUUCCCCAUCCUCAGUGUGGGCCUGCUCUUCUUUGGGGGGCUGUGCGUGGCAGCCAGCGAGUUCUACAAGAGCAAACACAACGUCAUCCUCAGCGCCGGCAUCUUCUUCGUUUCAGCAGGUCUCAGCAACAUCAUUGGGAUCAUCGUCUACAUCUCAGCCAAUGCGGGGGACCCGGGGCAGAGCGACUCCAAGAAGAGCUACUCCUACGGCUGGUCCUUCUACUUUGGUGCACUGUCCUUCAUCAUUGCCGAGAUGGUGGGGGUGAUCGCCGUGCACAUGUACAUCGAGAAGCACCGCCAGAUCCGCGCCAGGUCCCACUCGGAGCUGCUGAAGCGGUCGGCAUUCACCCGCCUGCCCCCCUACCGGUACCGCUUCCGCCGGCGGUCCAGCUCGCGCUCCACCGAGCCGCGCUCCCGGGACAUGUCGCCCAUCAGCAAGGGCUUCGGCACCAUCCCCUCCACCGACAUCUCCAUGUUCACCCUCUCCAGGGAUCCCUCCAAGGUCACCAUGGGGACGCUGCUCAACUCGGAGCGGGACCACGGUUUUUUACAGGUCCACAACUCCAUCCCCAAAGAGUUUAAGGAGUCUUUGCACAACAACCCGGCCAACAGACGAACCACGCCGGUCUGAGCCCCGCCGCCGGGCACGUGUACAGAGGUGUUUUGUCAGGCUGCAUGACAUGAUCCUCGUGACGGUGUAACCCAUGAAACCCCACUUUUAAGGACACCCCAACGAGCUCCCUGUGCCCCUUUCCCCAGGUGCCACCCUGGGGGGAUGCCGGGCUGGGACGUGCUGUCCUGGUGGGCACAGCCCCAGCGCCCAGAGGGCAGGUUGGGGGAUUCCCAAAGUCACCAUCGUUAAUGUUGAUAAUAACCGCAGUGUUCCCUUAGCUGUAUGUCCCACUGGAAAUGCUGGCGACAGCCCUGUCUGUGAGAACCCCGUUGGGUCAUUACUCCCAGCGGAACGCCUGGAGCCCAGAGCUGGCUGCUCUGCUCAUGGUCUUGAAACCGCGUCCCGUUGUGGAGGGUGGAGUGCUCGGGAUGGGCUUCUUUAUGGUGUUUCGUGCAUGCAUUAAAUAGCUUGGAAUUCAAUUUUGUCAUGUCAGGUUGGAAGAAACAUCCUUUUGCAAUUUUCUGUGGUCAUGAAAGGGCUUCUUUCUUUCCUCCAUUCUUUCUUUCUUUCUUCCUUUUGGUGCAUUCAGACCAUGAAUGGACUCAGGAGCAAAAUUUCUCCAAUGACUGGUAGCAAUUAGCCAGCAUUUAAUUAACCUCUAACGUUGCAAGAAAAUGAAAUAAUUCCUGAAAAUUAAUACCCUCUCAGCCACAAAUUACUGUCUGGGUACAACAGAGGAAGCUACACUUGACCUGGUCACGCUGAGAAGAAGCUGGGAUUAGGACUGGGCCUUGGCUGUGGUUGGUGUGCUGAUGGUGUGUGGUUCUAUAAUGAAUACGACCAGGAGAUGAAUGGGAAAAAUAACAAUAAAGUCAUCCAGUUUGGCAAGCAA